AUGUUGAAUCUAAUGAAGUUAACACUUCUAAUUAUGUUUAUAUUCGUUUAUAAAUCAUUUGCUAGUGGAAAAUUUGAAUUACAAUUAACUCGAUUUCAAAAUCAUGAUGGUUUAAAUUCAAAUGGUUCAUGUUGUUCUGGUCCAAAUUUAUUUUUUACUUGUUUACAACCAUGUAAAACAUUUAUACGUCUAUGUUUACGUUAUGUUAAUCCUACUAUUGAUGAUAUUAAUAGUCGUACAAUAAUAACAAAGAAUUCAUCAAAUGCUCUUUUAUCACCUGAUUCAUGUACAUUUGGUUUUCAUGAAACACCGGUAUUAGGUGGUAAUAAUUUAUAUUUUACAGAAACAUCAACAGGACAACCAAAUAUAUUUCAAUUACCAUUUAAUUUUAGUUGGAUGAAUGAUUUUGUUCUUCAAAUUGAUUUAUUUAAUGAUAAAACGUAUGAUGGUAUUACAUUUCCAGGUAGUGAACGUGAAUUAAUAUUUUCAAAAAUAAUGCGUUCAUCACUUCACGUUGGUUCAUCGUGGUCCGAAUCAUCAUCAUCGGAUUCUUUUAAACAUGAAUUAGAAUAUAAUUAUCGUGUUGAAUGUGAACAACAUUUUUAUGGUGCUCAAUGUUCAAAACAUUGUCGUGAACGAAAUGAUGAUUAUGGACAUUAUACAUGUACAAAAGAGGGUGAUAGACAAUGUAUGCAAGGUUGGCAAGGUAUCAAUUGUCAAAAAGCUGUAUGUUCAUCCGGUUGUUCAUCUGAAAAUGGUUAUUGUACUCAACCUGGUGAAUGUAAAUGUCGGGCUGGAUGGUCUGGUUUAGACUGUAAUCAGUGUGCCGUGUAUCCUGGAUGUGUCAAUGGUUAUUGUACAGCACCGUUUACAUGCGUGUGUCAUGAUGGAUGGACUGGACCAUUUUGUAAUAAUUUAUUAAAUACUUGUGCUUCUCGUCCUUGUUUACACAAUGGACAAUGUACGAUGAUAGGCAGUGGUGCUCACAAAUGUACUUGUACUCCAUAUUUUACUGGUGAACAUUGUGAAAUAUCCUUGUUAACAUCGGCAGCUAUUUGUGAAAAUAAUUUAUGUCAAAAUCAAGCUACAUGUAUUCAAGAACAUGAAACAUAUCGAUGUAUUUGUACGAAAGGAUUUAAAGGUGUUUUGUGUGACGAACAAGAAGAACAAAUGCAGCCAAAAUGUCCAUUAUAUUGUCAAAAUGGUGGUGUAUGUACAUCAUCGAAUAACAAUUUUCAAUGUGUUUGUCCAUAUGGAUAUCAAGGAAUUUUGUGUGAAAGAGAGUCAACAUUGACAGUGAGCGGAGGAUGUUCAAAAUAUCAAUGUUAUAAUGGUGGCACAUGCCUGGUCAAACAAGGUGAUAAUUCAAAACCAACAUGUUCAUGUAUCGAUGGAUGGCAAGGUGCUGAUUGUCGUGAACCAAUCGAUUAUUGUCAAACAUCACGUCCAUGUCGUAACGGUGGCAUUUGUUCAUCUUCUCCUAACAAAAGUUUUCAAUGCCAUUGUUCAUCAAAAUAUGUUGGACUCUAUUGUGAAAUUGAUUUAACUCUUAUCCGUCCAUCAAAUUUUCGUCAAAAUCACUUUAAUUUACUACCUAUUAUUCUUUGUAUUAUUCCCGUACCCAUUAUCUUAGUAGCCUUCAGUAUCAUCUAUUAUUAUUAUUAUCGACGAAAACAACGAACAACCGAAUGUGAACAAAAAUAUUAUCCUAAUCUCAAUUUAGAUAUUGAAAAAUCUGGUACAUCACAAAUUUGGGCAACAAAUUUAUUGAAAUCUGAUAUAAUGGAAGAAAAAGUAUGUGAGAAGAAAAAUAUGAAUUUAACAUUAACAACACAAAUAUUUCAAAAAAUACCGAAAUUAGAUUCAUCAUAUGAACCAAAUUUAAAAUUAUCAUAUGAGAAAAAAGAACUCUCUUCAAAAACAAAUUAUGACAUUAAACUUUCUCCAAAUGAUAUUGCAUCUCUCGUAUAG